AUGUCGGAUCGAGAGAGGAGUCGCUCUAGGACUCGCAACGGGUCUCGGGAGCCGGCACCGAAGCCCGCUGCUAUGUCGCGAGGUCACAGCAGAAGCCGGUCUCGGACGCCGCCCCCGCCAAAAGCUUCUAGCAGAAAAUACAGGAGCCCGACGCGCUCACGCUCGGGCUCCCCGCGACGCGGCUACCGCUCGCGGUACUCCCGCAGCCGUAGCCGCUCGUACUCGCCUCGCGGCUCAUAUCGCCGCUCGCACUCCCACAGCCCUAUGUCCUCGCGGCGCCGCCAUCUUGGUGAUAGGGUGAGGAGCGAUGUUUAUCCAGAAACAAGGCGCGGCGUCAAUCACCGCACGGGAGAGAUAAUUGAAAACCCAACUCCGUCGAGGUGUCUCGGCGUCUUCGGCCUGAGCUUGUAUACUACCGAGCAACAAAUUAACCAAAUCUUUUCGAAAUAUGGACCAGUUGAUAAAGUACAAGUCGUCAUUGACGCCAAGACUGGCCGCUCUCGAGGCUUCUGCUUCGUAUAUUUUGAGCAUCAAGAGGAUGCUAAAGUUGCAAAGAACGAGUGCACCGGUAUGGAGAUCGACGGGCGCCGCAUCCGCGUAGACUUCUCCAUUACACAGCGUGCUCACACGCCUACACCCGGCAUUUAUAUGGGCAAACCUACUGUCAGUAGAGGUGACAACGGGUACGACAGACGCGGACGAGACAGAGACGAUUACUACUACCGCGGAGGCGGCGGCGGCGGCGGCUACCGCGAGCGCGACUACUACCACCGCGGCUACCGUCAUCGCUCCCCCUCUCCGCACUACCGGCGCCGUCGCUACGAGCGCGAGCGCUCCUACUCGCCUCGUCGUUAUUAG